AUGUUUUGCAUUAUUUCAAUUACAGCUGAAUCUUCCAUUGAAGUUGAUGAGAAUGGAGAUGAAUAUGAAGUCAAGAGAUUCAACAUUCAAGGACGUCAAUUGAAUGAAGGACGCUCUCAGUGUGUCGUUACCAGACGCAAGCGUGCCUCACAACCUUCACCCAUGUACUCUGAUGAUGGCUCCAACGACGAAGUCGAUGACAAAGAUGAUGGCGAUGUCAUUAAAGGCGAAGAGCAACAAGCUAUGAUUUAUUAUUCUCCACCAAUGGUCAAUCCCACAGGUGAUGACAAUGAUGAGGAAGAUAAAGAAGGUGGUGAGAGUGCCAUGAAUAUGAAUGAAAUGACUAAUGAUAAAGAAGAUGGUGAGGUAAUGGAGGAAAAAAAUAGCAAUGAAGAUAUGAACAGUGAGGACAGUGAAGAUUACAAUGGUGAAGAUGAUAAUGACACCAUUGAAGUUAUACAAUUACCACAAUUGCCUAUUUUGGGACAACUACAAAGUAAUGGAGAAACUGUGGCCGCUGUAGCUUCAGCCUCCGGUUCUGCUCAUGCUGGUUAUGUUAGUGGUCAUCAUGCUAAUGUUGGUGCCAAUGGUAUUAUGAUCGUACAGUCACAUACUCCUCCCAAGGUUAAUCCUCAAACUCAUGCUGUCUUCGAAUUGGUACCAGCAAAUCAUGCUGCUGAUGAUAAAGAUUAUGAUGAUGACGAUAAUGAUAAUGAUAUUCCAGAUAAUUUUGAAUUUAAGGAAGAUAUAAAUCCUGUUACCACCACUGCCAUUUGGUCAACAGGCGACGAUAACUCGAACAUGAACUAUGACGAUUUGAAUAACAGACCUGUAAAACCUCAAAAAUUGGUCAAGAAAGUCAGAAAGCCUGUCAAGGCUAAUAAGAAAAAGAAGAAGUCUUCAUUGAAACCCAAACGUAAAAACAAAUACAAGUACACCUACAAACGUCGUUUGAUAAGUGGUAAUAAGAAACGCCGCAACAACAAAAGACGUCCUUACAGAACUAGUGUUCGUCGUCCCACCAGAAGAAAUAAAUUGCGUCGCGGCUACACUACUCGUCGUGGUCGCCCACAAAGGAACCGCAACCAGGCGGCUAGCAGCAAACCCACCAGUGCCCAACAUAAAAACAGAAACUCAAAUAACUCUCUAUCGCAGAAAAAAAAUCGUGGCUCCAAUUCCAAGAACAAGCUCAUUGCCAAGAAACAAAAUAACAAAAAGCAUGCUGAGAUCAUUGAUCAAGGAUCGAACACUUUCACCCGCACCAUGACCAUGACCCAAACGGGUGAUGAAGCUGGUGAUAAAAAUGUCAAUUGCAUUAUAAUUCGCAAGGAUGAUCCACCAACAACGCCACGACCAUUCUGGAAUGUAUUGGGCCGCAGUGCGAAUGGUACACCCAAAGCCUCGGGUCACUAUGGCCAGCGUAAGCGUGUCAAUGUCCGUUUUGUAGCCUAA